CAUCAAAGGCGGGCCCGUGAUCACACCUUCUCUUCGUCCUCUGUCUCCCUUUUUUCUGGGUUCCUCUCUCUUUCUCUCUCUCUCUCCAUACCAUCUGCUACACAAGAACAGGAGCAGGGGAGCUAAGAAAAGGGCAAAUCAAGCUUCUUCAUUAAACCACCCCAUUCAUCUUCUUUGAAACAAACCAAUACUUGAUUCCAGGAAGCGCUUUUCCACUGAUUUCAUAGUCUUCCUUUACCUCAGGGCUUUGUGAUCUGGGCCUUCCUGGAAUCAAUCAAUGUUGUCAGAAAUAUCUGGAAUUAUCUAGCAAAAUCUUUGGUUUUGUGAAUUUAUUCUUGAUUGAAUGGGAUUAAUCCAUCUAUAAGAGAUCCGCUGCAGGCUGAUUAUAAAGGCAAAAUUUUGAGAGCUAAAACAAGGAGAGAGAAGAGAAGGGGGAGAAGUGUAAGAGAAUGGUGGAAGGUGCUCGAUCCAUUCUUUGUUGCAGGGGAUGAUCCCAGUUAAGAUGCCGACAAGCACUUUGCUGUUGACAUAUGCUGAUUUGAUAAGCCAAUGGAAAACAACUGAGGGGUUUCAUACAUGUCGGCAAGAAAGUUGAAUGUUAGAAAUUUUUUUGUUGAGCAGUGGUUGCCUUGCAUGUUUUAUUAAGCCUGAGUCAAUAGCAUCUUUGGAUGAGCGUCCAAAGAGCAUUAUAAAUCGAGGUCAAGAGAGAAGAGCACCUAGUAUUUCCAGGGAUUAUUGGACCACAAGUGUGGGUGACAUAGACAACAGUGCAAUGCAGUCACAAGGAAGUUUGUCUUCAAUCAACGCAUCCUUUCAAGCCCCUGAUACACCUGCUGGUGUCAGCAGCUCCAAUCCGCCUUCUGAAUUUGUAAAUCAUGGUCUCCAUCUCUGGAACCAGACCAGGCAACGCUGGGUAGAUAAUAAAAAUCAAAGUAAUAAAGGGCAGCAAGUUCGUGAUCCAAAAAUAAGCGACCAUGAUUUCAACGUACUUGAUUCGUUCUGGCCUUCUUGCAGUUGGAACGCAACUUAUGAGAGCUUACUUGGAAGUAACAAGCCGUUUGGUCAACCAGUACCUCUCGCAGAAAUGGUAGAUUUUCUUGUAGAUAUCUGGGAGCAGGAAGGGAUGUAUGACUGACGUCUGGUGAAGCCGAGAUCUGGGUAGGUAGUAGCAUCAAUUGAAAACCCACUUAUUGUGAGCUAAUUGCCUGAGAUGAAAAGAUAGAAAUGCAUUUGGGGGGAUAAACUUCAUUUGUACCAUUGUCGCGACUUUUUCAUAAUGCUCAUUUAGGUUUCCUCAUGUGCUGUAACUGGGUUUUUUAACUAAUGGAACUUGCUGCUGUUUAUUCAUCUGAAUCAUAUUAUGCCUGAAUCUGCUGAAUUGUUCUUCGAA